AUGGCUGCCAUGGGGACUUCAUCUGCAUUUAUGCAGAAAGCCCCCCAGGAUUUGACUAAAGUUUUGGUAACAGCUAUCUUUGAGUGGUUGCUUAUUUCUAUGCUGUUCGUUGAUGCCAUAUUCUCCUAUAUAAUUACAAAGUUCGCUUAUUACUGUGGAUUGCGAACACCCUGCCUGCUGUGCUCAAGACUUGAUCAUGUUUUGGGCAAGGAAAAACUUGGUUAUUAUUUGGACCUGUUCUGCGGCAAUCACAAGUCAGAGAUUUCUUCAUUAGUUCUUUGCCAUGCUCACCAUAAGCUUGUAGAUGUUCAUGGAAUGUGUGAAAGUUGCCUCUUCUCAUUUGCAACAAUUAAUAGAUCCAAUGCUGAGACAUACAGAUUACUGGUGGGUAAGUUGGGGGAUGAUGCUAACUUUGAUUUUGAUCAGGACCCAUUACUUGGGGGUCAUAAACCUUGCCUUUCAAGCGGAGCACUUUGUUCUUGUUGCAAUCAGCCAUGCAUAUCUCGGGGGCAUUCUCAAAAGUUGAUUCAGACAAAAAAAUUUGGGUCCGAGGCUGAACUUGAUGUGCACUUAUCUCGUGAUAUUGAGCAUAAUCAGAAAGAACUGAGGAAGGGACAAGAUGAAUCAUAUAUUUCAGUAAGAGCCACUCAUAUUAGAGAUAGUGGGCUUCACCCUUUAUCUCAUGUUGGAUACACAGAGCUCAAGGUUACUUCUGAUACUGAAUCGGAAGUUCAUUUUUCUGAUGAUGAUAAUGCAAGUGGUUUGAUUCAUGAAAGAUGUGAUCCCAAGGAAGAUAUCUCUGCUCAAUAUGCUGAGCCCCGCAUUAUUACUCCAGCACUGAUAUAUCCAGCAUCUGUGCCCAAGCCUUCACUUUUGGCAUCACGGGCACAAGUAGAACCCAACUCCAAUGGUAGUACAUCUGUAGCACCAACUGUUGCUUUUGGCCAUGGAUUGGAGGAACUUAAUUGGCAAAAAGUUGGAAGCAAGGGUGAUUUCCCUGCAUUAACUGAACCUAUCCUUGACAAUACCCCUCCAUCAUCAAAUGCAAUGGAAGGCCCAGUUGAAGUAUCAAAAGGAAGAAAAGAUGUGACAAUAACUCAUGAAACUGAUCAAAUAUCUGCAGCAGAACCUAGGGAAUUAUACAAGGGAGGAGUCAGGACACUCGCAACAUCUGAAACAGGUGUGGAAACAAUCCCCAUCUCAAGCAACACCGAUCAGCAAGUAACCGAUGUUUUAGAUCUCGGUGAUGCUUAUAAGCUUGUUGUUGUUAGUAAAGGAAGGCAGUUAUCUGGUGUGCUUGCAGAACAAUGGAUUGGGAAGGACUCUUCAAGAGUUACUGAAGAUUUGAAGGUCUUGCUGUCACAAUUGUCUGGCACUCGAGGGAAUGAGCAAUCAACAAACGAAAUGAGUCCAAAGUUGUCCUCAAAUAGUGGCGAUUUGAAGGCUUCCGAUUCUUCCAACUCUAUUGGGUUGCAGAUACUUCAAAAGAGGAUCUCACUUGAAAGAAACGAGUCUGGGUUAUCUCUGGAUGGGAGCAUUGUCAGUGAAAUUGAGGGUGAGAGUGUUGUUGAUCGAUUAAAACGGCAGGUUGAGCAUGACAAGAAACUUAUGAGUGCUUUGUAUAAGGAGUUGGAGGAAGAAAGAAAUGCUUCUGCAGUUGCUUCUGAUCAAGCAAUGGCCAUGAUUACAAGACUGCAAGAGGAGAAGGCAGCACUCCACAUGGAAGCACUUCAGCACCUACGAAUGAUGGAAGAGCAAGCUGAGUAUGAUAACGAAGCACUUCAGAAGAUAGAUGACCUUCUUGUUGAGAAGGAGAAGGAAAUACAAGAUCUAGAGGCAGAGCUGGAAUUUUAUAGGAGGAAGUUCCCAAAUGAAUCGAUGCUAGAGAAUCUGCCAGAGACAACCUGUGAUAUCCAGGCAAGGGAUAUUGUGGUGGAUCAUUCAGAAUCAAGCGGCAUUGAACAUAGUGCUAGUGUUCCUAAACAUGUGGACACUGGAAGGCCUCAUACAUACAGCACUAUGCCUUUUAGUGAUGAGGAUGGUGGUAGGGUAAAGACUUCACUUUUGGAUUUUGAAGAUGAGAAAAUACAAAUCUUGCAAUGUUUAGAGAAGUUAGAGAAGGCACUUUCAUUGUUCUCUAAUAAUGGAGAAAACUCGGAUUCAUCUAAAGGUGAUUGUUCUGAAAAUGGAGGAAAUGGGGUUGGCAAGUCGAAUCUGCAUAAUGGUGAUGGAGAGUGA